AUGGGUAGGCUGAAAACUAUGUCUUUUUUCUGGACCAUUGUCCUGAUUGCUUGUGCAAUCUUUCCAUUCUCUACAGGAUUUCCUUACAGGAGUCUCACUAAUUAUCCACCAGAAAAUCAAUAUUCUCCAGGGCCUGGAACAUCAGCUCCAAAAUCUUCCCCAGCUUCAUGGUCUCCUGCAGCGUCACCAGAUCCUUCAUGGCCUAUACCAUUGACCCCUUCAGAAUCUUCAUCUCCAUGGUCUCAGCUUUAUCCUCCAGCUCUUUCACCGGCUAAAACAAGGCCUGAACCAUCCACUCCUGAAGCAUCUCCAUCUCCAUGGUCUCAGCUUUAUCCUCCACCAUCAGAAUUCAGUCCUAUAUCUUUUUCACAUUCAUUGCCUCCACUUGCAGAAUUGGCUCCUUUCUUGCCUCCAUUGCCAGCAUUGCCAUAUCCUGCGCCUUCAUCUCCAGCACCAAUGCCUUCUUCUGUGACUCCAUAUCCAUAUGUUGAACCUCCACCUCCAAUGUCCUCUUCCAUGCCUCCAUCAAUGCCAUAUCCUGAGCCUCCAUCUCAAUCUCCAAUUCUAUUAUCAAUGCCUCCUUAUCCAUCUGUUGAACCUCCACCUCCAAUGCCCUCAUCCAUGCCUCCAACAAUGCCAUGUCCUGAGCCUCCUUCUCCAAUUCCAUCUUCAAUGCCUCCUUAUCCAUCUGUCGAAACUCCACCUCCAAUGCCCUCUUCCAUGCCUCCAACAAUGCCAUAUCCUGAGCCUCCAUCUCCACCUCCAAUUCCAUCUUCAAUGCCUCCUUAUCCAUCUGUCGAAACUCCACCGCCAGCUUCUAUGCCCCCAACAAUGCCAUAUCCUGAGCCUCCAUCUCCACCUCCAAUUCCAUCUUCAAUGCCUCCUUAUCCAUCUGUCGAAACUCCACCGCCAGCUUCUAUGCCUCCAACAAUGCCAUAUCCUGAGCCUCCACCCCAAUCACCAAUACCAUCUCCAGUAUUUCCUCCCUCCAAUGGUAUCAAAGGGGGAUACUGGCCUGUCUGGAUAGCUCAAGAUGUCCCUCCUUCAGCAAUUCCGAUGACAUAUUUCACACAUUUAUUCUUUGCCUUCGCUUCUAUAAACUCCUCAACUUAUAAGCUCUCCAUCACUAAACUUGAGGAUCACUGGAUGAAGAACUUCACAGCCACUCUCCACACUCAAACCCCACCGCUAAAAGCUGUCCUAUCCAUUGGUGGAGAUGGAAUAAGCCCUGAUACUUUCUCCAAAAUGGUCAAUAAAAGUGAAAAUCGUGCAAUCUUCAUCGAAUCCACCGUCCAAGUAGCAAGAAAAUAUGGCUUUGAUGGCCUAGACUUCAGCUGGGUAUUCCCAGCCACAAAAGAAGACAUGUCAAACCUUGCACUUCUGUUCAAAGAAUGGCGAGAAUACGCUGAAAAUGUGUCGAAAUAUUCUGCAAAACCUCGCCUUCUCCUCUCCGCUGCAGUUUACUUUUCUCCUGAUUUUUUCCUAUCAGAUGUUCCCAGGAGCUACCCUGGAGUUGCCAUUAGAGACAAUCUUGAUUUUGUCAACAUUAUGAACUUCGACUACCAUGGAAGUUGGGACACUUCAGCCACGGCGGAACAUGCUUUGUUGUUUGACAAUACUAGCAGGAUUAGCACAAGUUAUGGAAUGGAUGCCUGGCCUAUGGCCGGAGUACUUCCUGAAAAGAUUGUGAUGGGGCUGCCCAUGUAUGGCAGAACCUGGAAGCUGAAAGAUCCUGAAGAACAUGGAAUUGGUGCACCAGCAGUCGGAGUUGGCCCUGGAACGCAAGGAGUUAUGUCAUACAAGGAAAUAAAAGAGUUCAAUGAGGGCAAUGACACCACUAUGGUGUAUGAUAAUGCCACAGUUUCUCAAUAUUCUUAUAAAGGAACAGACUGGAUUGGGUAUGAUGGACCUAGUUCUAUCGACGAUAAGAUUGAGUAUGCUAAGAGAAAUGAGCUUCUUGGGUACUUUUUUUGGGUACUUGGGUAUGACAGUGAUUGGGAACUCUCCCUAGCAGCUUCAAACGCAUGGGAAUGGUAGAAGAUUUCUGCUUAUUAUCAUGAGCUUUUUCUAUAUUUACUUCUUAAUUUGGAUGUGAUAAAUAAAUUUCAUAUUCCAUGCUUGUAAUAUCAUAUAGUAACUUUGAUACACUAUUUUCCCCCACA